CCAGGCUCAUGAAGGAGUGAUAUACGCGCACAGGCAUUGUAAAUAUAUUAUCGUUCGGAACACAAUAGAAAACACCGUCCGGGACAACUCUGACUUUUUCGUUGAUGGAUACUGCUACAAGUGGAAAUCUUUAACACGGUCAGUUUAGCUAGUGGUUGCUCUUGUUUUCAUAGCAACCAUGCCGGUUAAGACAGUAACAUUACCCGCGAUCAACCCGAUCCCAGCUCAACUAACGGGAAAUGACUUUUUAGCUGCAUCGCAUUUCAAAAUCGGUUAUGACCGCCGACUGGCAAAGAGCGCCCGCCACCGGAGUGUUUUUAAAAAGGACUACAUGGCCCCACCGAUUGAUGCUGGCAGACCGCCUGCAUCAGAGCCGCCCAUGCCAUCGGAAGUGAUGCACCGAGAUCAAACUAAGGCAAUGGACAACGUUUCGGAGACGCACAUGGUUUUCUACGACAAAGGCUAUGGCAAAGUCCCAAUGUGUAACUCACUCACGACAACGAAUUUUAAGAUUGGUUCCGACAAGCGGAUUGAUUCUUUCCGUACAACGCAUGGGCUGUAUUACACUCCCCAGCCGAUAUCGCGUGUGCAUCAGAAGGAAAACCCGACGAAAAGUUACAUCCCAGAUGGCGACAAAGGAAAAGCAGCGCCACCAGUGUCCGAUUACCGAGAUAAAUACCAGGGACAUGACACAAAUAAAGUGAGGAUAGAGAAAGCUCCAUGUAUGCACACAGGUGGUCCAUCAACGAUCCUGGGCGACGAUCGAACUCACACUCAGUUUUCAACGUCAAGUUCAGACGAAUUUUACGGAAAACACUUGAAAGUGAACUAUCCUAAACCAGACACAACUGGAUCGAACAUCCCACAAGGAGACAAGGAGAAGGUGUUCGAGCAUCAUACAACACAGAAAGCGUCCUUCCCCAAACCUUUGAAAUCAACGUGUGUACCUUACGAGAAGUCCGACGCUCACCGUAAAAUACAAGGCACCAACUUCAAGUUUGGCCACACCAGUAAAUACGACAGAUAUGACAGCACUGCUGCUGAUUCGUACAACCCUAAGAUCAGAGUAAAUUGUGAAUUAGCUCAGAAACCAGACAUGGGAGUGAGUUCAUUUCCAGAGGGCGAUCUUCACCCAGAAAGAGUAUUGCAAAGAAUCAGUACAACGACAUCUAAUGUUUACCACACAGCGCCACCCUCAGAUUAUAGACAUUUCAUAAUCUCGGGAGCAGAUAAACGAACUGUCAGUAAUGUGACAUUUGGAGAACCCAAAUUAUCCCAUAAAUUCUACAGCACUACGGAGAAAGAUGCAUUCCCACCCACAAGCGUUUCUAUGGAGCGGGCCGCCUCACAUCAUUACAAAAGCAACGUGCCCAUGGAUUAUUAUGGGGACGAGGUCCAUAAAGCAACAACUUGGAGCGAUUUCCCUGUACAUAGAAGUAAACCUGCAAAGAGUAAAGAUAUUAUGAAAAAGUUGAAGAGUACUCAUUUCGAGCCGCCACUGCACGAUGACCGUUUCUUUGAUACAACACAUCUAACUUCCUACACGCCCAAGUCCACCGAUAAAUACCACUACGACAGAGGACGCAUGCAGCGAAGCUCAGUACCACUCGGAACAUUCAGCAAUUCAGAAUAAAUAGAGCUAUACGGUGAAGGACAGUAUUCAACCUAAAUUAUGCAUACUGAUCAUGUCAUAAAAUUUAUAAAUUCAAAAUUAAAUUCAUCCACAGAUUGUAUUUGCUUCAUUAUCCUCACAUCUGAUGUUCCACAAUUAUGUUAAUGAACAAUGCCAAGACAACAUAGAAAUUAAUAUUCAAUGUCUCGUUUUCAUUUAUUUGACAAAAGUUCUAUGUUCUACAUUCAAAGGUCCAUAAGCGCCAAAACUGAGAUAAAAUAAUCUUUGUGGUACCAAAUGAACAGAUUUUCAAGCCAUGCAUAUUCAAAUAGCACUUAGAAAGCUGGAAUAUAAAUUGUUUUUCAAAUAAAAAUUCAUUUACCAGCAAUUCACAUUACCAUAAAUACACACCACUUGGCUCAAAUGGGUGAUGGUUGUAGGAUGAUCGAACUAGAUGGUCUUAACUACAGUGGAAUAGCCUUUUGAACACAACAUUGGGGAGGGCACGACUGACAUACCAUAAAUACAUCGCCAUUCAUAAGUAUUUAGCAAGGCAAAAACAUUUGUAUAUGGCAGUCUAGUUAAAAAAUAGUGUUAAAAUUCAAGAAUAUUAUAGACAAGAUACAAAAAAAUUGUAAUUUCUCAUCGCAUACUGCCUACAUUCAGCUACUAGUAAUUACAAAAUGUGUGUUUUAACAUUUUUGUUUGUUUGUCAGUUUAAUUCCAUAACACACAAAGUGGCAACUCAUCUGUGACAAAGCAAGGGCAGUGAUUUUCAUACUGCCACUGAUGUCAGUUUUUAUCCGUUCCAACUGCUUUGCAGAAUUCAUUUUAGUCUUCUUUUU